AUGUUACGCGCUGCUAGAAGCACAUGUUACCGCUGUUCCCGUAUGCAAGCCUUGCCGUUAUUCCGUGGAGGACCCUCCUACAUAGUGGUUCGAAACAUUACCACUGAAAGAAUCCCCAGUCCUCCUAAGCUGCCAAGAGAAGAACAGGAGGAGUUCGAGAGACUGCAGAGGGUUGCCACGUCGCAAGAGGCAAUAGACCAGUACAAUGCACGUGCCACGGGAGAUCCCACAAAAGAGAGCCUGAACUCGCCCUUUUUGACGAAGAACGACAUUGGAUCAUUCUCACCUGAAUUUUCCAAGACAAUACCUGAAUUCGAAGGCGAUGUCAACCCCAAGACUGGUGAAAUUGGGGGACCCAAGCAGGAUCCCUUAAGACACGGAGACUAUUCAUUCAAUGGAAGGGUCACUGAUUUUUAG